CUUGCUUCUACAGUCUACUAGUAUAUAAUUUCUUUCUCUCGGGAAAAUAGAACUCCUUUCUUUUGCUUUCUCUCACCAGCCUUUCUAAGAAGACCAAAUGAUGGUAACCUUUUUCUUAGCUUUGCUAGCAUCUUCAGCAAUGUUGACAGCUAUUAUGGCCCAACAACCACAAGAACUGAAAGUGAACAUCACCAUACUUCACAGCGCCACUGCUGAAGGCGCAGUGUGCCUAGAUGGGAGCCCUCCGGCAUAUCAUCUUGAUCAGGGAUAUGGUAGUGGACUUCUCAGCUGGAUCAUCGUUGUUGAUGGCGGUGGUUGGUGCUCUAGUAUCUCUGAUUGCCAACAUCGUUCAAAUAGCGGCUUAGGUUCUUCCACAAAUACGCUUCCACCACAAGUCACAUUUUCGGGAAUUCUUCAUGACGAUUCCAGAAUUAAUCCAGACUUUUACAAUUGGAAUAGAGUUAGAGUCAGAUAUUGUGAUGGGUCGUCGUUCACAGGUGAUGUUGAAGAUGUUGAUCCUGAUACCAAACUUUAUUAUAGAGGAGCAAGAAUCUUCAGAGCCAUUAUGAAUGAUUUAUCCAGAAAAGGAAUGCAAACGGCUGAAAAUGCAAUUCUAACCGGAACUUCAGCUGGAGGAUUGGCUACAAUCUUGAAUUGCGAUAAGUUCAAGUCUCUCCUUCCAGAUGAUGCCAGAGUAAAGUGCGUUGCAGAUGCAGCUUUCUUCAUCAAUGCCAAGGCAAUAUCUGGUACUUUAGAUAUCCAAGAUGAGUAUAGGAGAGUGGUUACUUUGCAUGGAUCGGCUAAGAAUUUGCCUCUAUCUUGCACCUCUAUAAUGGAACCAAGUUUGUGCUUUUUCCCCCGAAAUGUUGUUCCAUACGUUCAGACUCCAUUUUUCAUAAUCAAUUCACACUAUGACUCUUGGCAGAUAAUUCAAAAUACUAAUUCCAGGUUAGUUACAUUUUGGUCCCUGAAUAGUGAAUACCUCGAUCCUCAGCAUAUCUGGAAGCAUUGCAAGAGUCAUAUAAGUAACUGCACAUUUAUCCAGCGUAUGAUCAUUCAAGGUUAUGGAGUGGAGUUCUUGAAGGCAUUCUUGGGACUCACCCCUUCGUUUACGAGGGGUUAUUUCAUAACCUCUUGUUAUUCCCAUGGUGAAAUUGUAUGGACGAGUUACUGGUUCAGUCCUACCUCUCCAAGAGUGCUUAAUAAGACAAUUGCGGAAGCUGUUGCAGAUUGGUACUUUGAUAGAGCAGGGUUCCAUCAAUACAUCCACCCAUACCCAUGUGCUAGAGAUUGUGCCUUGUCAACUUCAUGAAACUUUUUUAAGUAGUCUUAUGCUAAAUGCUCUGCUGAGCUGUGUAGAAGUACUGUUCCAGUAUUCAGUGAAUGAAAAAUUAACUUUUGUUUAGA